GGUCUUCGACUCAGUUCCCAGCCUUUGCUGGGCGCCAGACCCGGCCUCGCCGCCCGACCGCUGGCCUGUCUCGGUUCACUACCUUUUCGGUCCCAGCCUUCGCGGGCUGGGGCCGCUGCCGCUGCCUCAGGACGGGGAGGCGGGCCAUGGCGUCCUGCGUGGGGAGCCGAACCCUGAGCAAAGAUGAUGUGAACUACAAGAUGCAUUUCCGGAUGAUCAACGAGCAGCAAGUGGAGGACAUCACCAUCGACUUCUUCUACCGGCCGCACACCAUUACCCUACUCAGCUUCACCAUCGUCAGCCUCAUGUACUUCGCUUUCACCAGGGAUGAUUCUGGUCCAGAAGACAACAUCUGGAAGGGCAUCCUCUCUGUUAUUUUCUUCUUUCUUAUCAUCAGUGUAUUAGCUUUUCCCAAUGGUCCAUUUACUCGACCUCAUCCAGCCUUAUGGAGAAUGGUUUUUGGCCUCAGUGUGCUCUACUUUCUGUUCCUGGUGUUCCUGCUCUUCCUGAAUUUUGAGCAGGUUAAAUCCAUAAUGUAUUGGCUAGAUCCAAAUCUUCGAUACGCCACGAGGGAAGCAGAUGUCAUGGAAUAUGCUGUGAACUGUCAUGUUAUCACCUGGGAGAGGAUUAUCAGCCAUUUUGACAUAUUUGCCUUUGGACAUUUCUGGGGCUGGGCCAUGAAGGCCUUAUUGAUCCGUAGUUAUGGGCUCUGCUGGACAAUCAGUAUUACCUGGGAGCUAACCGAGCUUUUCUUCAUGCAUCUUCUGCCAAAUUUUGCUGAGUGCUGGUGGGAUCAAGUCAUUCUGGACAUCCUAUUAUGUAAUGGCGGAGGCAUCUGGCUGGGCAUGGUCGUCUGCAGGUUUUUAGAGAUGAGAACUUACCACUGGGCAAGCUUUAAGGACAUCCAUACCACCACCGGGAAAAUCAAAAGAGCCGUGCUCCAGUUCACUCCAGCCAGCUGGACCUACGUUAGGUGGUUUGACCCCAAAUCUUCAUUUCAGAGAGUGGCUGGAAUAUAUCUUUUCAUGAUCAUCUGGCAGCUAACUGAGUUGAAUACCUUCUUCCUGAAGCAUAUCUUUGUGUUCCAAGCUGGUCAUCCAUUGAGUUGGUGUAGAAUUCUCUUUAUUGGUGGCAUUACAGCCCCCACAGUGAGGCAGUACUACGCUUACCUCACCGACACGCAGUGCAAGCGCGUGGGAACGCAGUGCUGGGUGUUUGGGGUCAUUGGUUUCCUGGAAGCGAUUGUUUGCAUAAAAUUCGGGCAAGAUCUCUUCUCCAAGACCCAAAUACUCUACGUCGUGCUGUGGCUUCUAUGUGUGGCUUUCACCACUUUCCUGUGUUUGUAUGGCAUGGUUUGGUACGCAGAACACUGUGGUCAUCGAGAAAAGACCUAUUCAGAGUGUGAAGAUGGCUCGUACAGUCCAGAUAUCUCCUGGCCCCACGGGAAGGGUGCAAAAGGUUCUGAAGACAGCCCACCCAAGCAUUCGGGCAACAGCGAGAGCCAUUCUUCCAGAAGAAGGAAUCGACAUUCCAAAUCGAAAGUCACCAACGGCGUUGGAAAGAAAUGAAAGAUCCUAGUUAAUCAAAGAUGAUCCAGAGAGUGCCUAGAACUGAGAGGGACAUGGAACUCCUCUGGGCCCCCGUUAGGAGGCGAAAAUGCCCAGAGCAAACAGGGAGAGGAGAGGGAACUCUUGGGGGUCACUAUUUGAGAGUAAGUCGGGUUUCCCACGGAUCUGGCUAUAUCAGGCAGAUCACUGCCUGCGGCCCUUUGCCAAUUUGGGGUCUCUUCUAACUUCAGCACUCGGCAUGCGGUCACCGGUAGCAAUUCAGUGUGUUUAAAGGAAAAGGUAGCUAUUUCCUCACAGUUACCAAGAGCAGCUUUGUGCUUGGGUGUAUUGUGGAUGCAUUUUAAAUGUCUUCAUUCAGACAAGACAUUAAUUGUAUAGUUAAUGGACUCAUCCCCAGGUUUUAUUUUUAUGAAUCUGCCUUUCCACAUUUGAUUGGAGUUCAGACUACUUUUCUUUUUUUUUUUUUUUUUUUAAUUGUUAUUGUUGUUACUUGUUUUUAAGUUAGGGUGUUUAAAAGCCUUCAGAAGCCGCUGCUGGAAUUGAAACUGGCAGAGGUUCCCCUUCCUUCUAGAAAAAAAAAAAGGAAAGAGCUUUUGUGUUACUAUUUAGCAGCCUCAGCCCUCUUUCUCAAACCUUAAGCCACAUGGCAGGGCAUAUGGCUUAAGCCAUAAGGCAGUCUAAGAAAAGGUUAGUUUCCUGUUUGGGAUCCUGGGCUCCAGAACCGAUCCUUUCUUGUUCCAUUUCCAAAUGUCAUUUGUCCAGACUUAUCCACAGUGCACAAAAGUGAAUCUUGUAGGCAGUGAACAAGGCGGCUUCUCUCCACAGCCAGGUGCCUUUUACAAUUUGUUUGUUUUCCUUCCAUGGUGUGUUGCUGACAUUGUCUUUUAGUCACAUGUGAGGUGCUGGUGAGUAUUACCUUUCAUCUGUGCCAUGCUCUAGAGCAUUUACCCCAAUAGUUCACCUCCACUGAUGGAUCCCUGUUUGAAAUAAAAUAAUUCACUUUAAAGCCCAUCAAA